UCUAGCUAGCUUUCUCCUUCUGUAGUAGUCAAUGGAAUGAUAGCAUUCAUACACUUUUGUGCUUAUAAAUAGCACUAACCCUCUGUCCUUCCUACAUCUACUAACUUCACUUCCUCUCUUGCCUUUCCCCUUAUUACUUUCCCUCUUUAGUUCCCUUCAAAUUCUAUCCAACACACCCUUUUUUUCUGUGUCUUUGCUCCUCAGGGAAUACUCGUCAACAUAGUAAUUUUUCUCUCCAAAAUCAUCAAAGUUUUGUUGACAUGGCUAACUACAAAAAGCAAGCAGGGUCUUCUUCAUCAACCAUGAAUUUCGACCAUCUUUUUGGCCCCAGAGACUCCUCCUCCUCUACUUCAUCUUCAUCCACCCUCUUUGGAUCCAUCUUUCCACCUCCAUCAUCUGUUGGAGGGAGAGAAUCAAGACUGCAAGAAGUGGGAAGCAAAAAUUUUGGAGCAUCAGGAACUCAGAGUAAUAAAGGUGAAAACAGUAGUCGCAAGAAUACCAAUUAUCAGAAUGAGACAGUGGAGCCCAGCAGCUACUUCAGCUCUUCUAUCUACUAUGGUGGUCAAGAAAAUUAUUCCCCUACAAGCAGGACCACUCAACCCCACCAUGUUUUCAAGAAAGAUAAGGAUGAUGGCGAUUCCAAUGGUAACGACUCAAACAGUGCUGCAAGGGGGAAUUGGUGGCAAGGUUCCCUUUAUUAUUAACAUCUCACUAUGUAGUAAACAAAAACCAGUAUUCUGCAUACCAGGAUGAAGAUCAAGCACGGGCGGUGUAGUCUACCCUAAUUAAAUCUAUGGAAAUAAGUCAUGGUAGGGCAUAUAUCCUACAAGUUUAGUACUCAUUUGUCCACAUAUUGGGUCCUUUUUUGUCCCAAAUAUCUGGUAAGUUACUCCACAGCAGUCAAAUCGCGACAACAGCUUGGGGCCAAAACUAUCAUUUGCUUUGUAUUAAUUUUAUUUUAUAUUUUAUAUUUUAUAUUAAAAAGGUUCUAUAUUGGUUACCUUGUAGUCUUUUGGCUUAUUAUAAUGAUGUGAUAUUGUUCUAUCACAAGUAAUAAAUAACGCAUGUCUGAUCCUUUCUUUUGAGUAAA